AAAUCACUCCAGGGAAAAUUGUGGAAAAAUGACUUUUUCAAGUAAAAUUAAGAAAAACUCAUCCUCCCACAUUUUAAUUUAUUUUUGGAAAACUAAUAAAGCAAAACUGGUGUUUUUCCAGGAGAAAAAAGAAAAUGAGGAGCUCGUUAUAGGAAAAUUUCAAAAUUUUCUAUUAAAAAAUCACUCCAAGAAAAUUGGGAAAUUGACUUUUUUUCUGGGAAACUGACAAAAGGAAAAUUGUGAAAAUUUU